AUGCUUUCAACAGCUGCACCACUACCAACAACAAAAGGAGCAACAGCAGUGCCGACCACGCAAACAGUUUCAACAGCUGCACCACUACAAACAACAAAAGGAGCAGCACCAGUGCCGACCACGCAAACAGUUUCAACAGCUGCACCACUACAAACAACAAAAGGAGCAACAGCAGUGCCGACCACGCAAACAGUUUCAACAGCUGAACUACUACAAACAACAAAAGGAGCAACACCAUUGCCGACCACGCAAACAGUUUCAACAGCUGCACCACUACCAACAACAAAAGGAGCAACAGCAUUGCCGACCACGCAAACAGUUUCAACAGCUGAACUACUGCAAACGACAAAAGGAGCAACACUAGUGCCGACCACGCACACACAUUCAACAGCUGCACCACUACAAACAACAAAAGGAGCAACACCACCAGUGCCGACCACGCAAAUGCUUUCAACAGCUGCACCACUACCAACAACAAAAGUUAUAACACAAGUGCCGACCAUGCAAACACUUUCAACAGCUGCACCACUACAAACAACAAAAGUAGCAACACCAGUGCCGACCACGCACAACCUUUCAACAGCUGCACCACUACCAACAAGAACAUUAAUAACACAAGUGCCGACCACGCAAACACUUUCAACAGCUGCACCACUACCAACAACAAAAGUAGCAACACCAGUGCCGACCACGCAAACACUUUCAACAGCUGCACCACUACCAACUACGAAUAGUGGAACAGAUGUCAAUGCUGUAUUGACGAAACUCUUUGUAACUGACGGUUAUAACAAGAAGAUCCGUCCGAUAAAGAACCAGUCACUUCCGGUUGAUAUACCGACGGAAUUUGUGCUCAAUAACAUCAUAGAGUUUGACGAGCAGAACGAAGCACUGAAGACGGCUGGAUACUUAUUUCUAUACUGGAAGGACGAAUAUCUGGCAUGGAACCCUUCGGACUUCGGAGGCGUCGAAAUUAUCUUUGUGCCUCAAGACGACAUUUGGAAACCGGAUGUAACUCUGGCAAAUUCGUUCAAGACCUUCACUGGGCUUGGUUCAUCUUUCCUGAACGUUCGUCUUUUGUUCGAUGGCACGAUAUUUUGGUACCCAUUUCAGGUCCUGGAAUCGACAUGUUCAGUGGAUAUUACGUAUUUCCCAUUUGAUAUCCAAAGUUGUGAUCUUAAAUUUACUGCAUGGAGUUAUGAAAAAGACGACGUAGACCUCAACCUCGGAUCCAAUGGAAUAUCUUUAAAAGAUUAUACUCCAAACAAUCAAUGGGAUGUCGUCAGUACCUCUAGCAACGAAAUCAAUACUGGCGAAUCUGCAGUCAACUUUACCAUUAAGAUGAAGAGAAAACCAAACUUCUACAUCUUGAACAUUGUUGCACCAGUUAUUUUGUUGUCACUGCUGAAUGCUUUUACCUUCGUUCUACCAGUUGCAUCGGGUGAAAGGGCCGGUUACUCCGUAACUGUAUUUCUGUCGCUUGCGGUGUUUUUGACCAUUGUUGCCUCAGAAAUGCCGAAUAAUUCUGAAAACACCUCGAUCUUUUCAGUAUAUUUGAUGACGAUGACAACCUUUAGCACCCUGAUCGUGAUGCUAACACUGGUUGAAGUACGUCUCUCCAUCCGAACCAUUCCCGAUCAACCUAUAAACAAGUUCUAUCAAGUGCUGUACAAGCUCUCGCUGCUCCUUCAGUGCAACGGUUGCAGGACACGUGACAAAGUCGUCCCUUUACAGAACAAAGAUGAAAACCCAAAAGAUGAUACUGAUGUUGAUGAAAAUGUUUACGAUUUACCAGCCAACUGGCAUGAUGUGUUAGAUUCAAUUGAUUUUCUUCUGUUUUGGUUCUUCGUAAUUGUCACAGUUAUUGUCACAACCGCGUGCAUGCUUGCAGCCAGGAAUGGUGGCAUUAAGUGA